CUUUUUCCGCUCAUCAGCUGACUAGCUAGACAGAGUUAGCAUCAGCUAUUUAUCAAUUACUUUACACUGUGGGGCUCUUUCUGUAUAUAUCUAAGUCCAUGUUGGUCUCAGUGUGGUCACUUAGCCAUGAUGUGAAAUUUUUAUUUAGAAAACAACGUCGGGUAAUGAAUGUGAACUGCUAGCUAGCUAGUUGAUCCACCGGAGCCUGAGUGGUAACGGCAGUGUACUGGUUGCUGUUAGCGGUGGAUCUGCUGAAGAACAGAAGACUCCAAGCACCAGGAGAUCUGUCUGUGUUUGCUGGGCUGCCUGUAGAUAACCUGUCAGCCUAACAUGAAGACACGAGUGGAAUGACAUUUCAUCUCAGGGGUUGGUCCAGAAAGGCGGUGAAGGCAAAAAAAAUGAAAGGGGUAAACGGAUACGUUUUAAUUUAUUUAGUGUCUGUUCUCAGCAUCCGCACCACAGAGGCCUUGAACUUUUCACUGGCGGAUGGAAACAGCAGCGAAAGCUGGAACAGGGCAGAUGGAGGCUCUGUCCCCAUGGUUCUCACCACCAUCACCCAGAUCAUUGCCCGGGAGGGCAACUGCGUUUUGAUCGACUGCAACAUCACCGGAGACCCUUUUCCGAAUGUUCAGUGGUUUAAUUCCCAUGGUCACCACUUGGACACUGAAAGAAGUGAUGGAAGAUGGUGGAUUCUGGAUAAUGGAAUCCUCAACAUCACCAGCAUCACAUUUGCAGACCGUGGCAAAUACACCUGCAUGGCAUCUAAUGUUUACGGCACGGCUAAUUACACGGUGACAGUCCGUGUAGUCUUCACAAAUGGGGACAUGGGAGUGUACUACAUGGUUGUGUGUCUGGUGACUUUCACGAUCAUCAUGGUCCUGAACGUAACACGCCUGUGUAUGAUGAGCAGCCAUCUGAAGAAGACAGAGAAGGCCAUAAAUGAGUUUUUCCGCACUGAAGGUGCAGAGAAGCUCCAGAAGGCCUUUGAGAUUGCAAAGCGGAUUCCGAUUAUAACAUCAGCGAAGACGCUGGAGUUGGCCAAGGUCACACAGUUCAAGACCAUGGAGUUUGCACGUUACAUUGAGGAGCUGGCACGUAGCAUUCCUCUACCACCACUGAUCAUGAACUGCCGUACGUUCAUGGAAGAGAUCCUUGAAGUAGUAGGGGUUGAGGAGAUGAGGCACACUUUCGUUCGACAGGCCCCUGAAGGUCAUGACAGCGGUUGCCGUGGAGGCGGGGCUACUGGAGGAUCUGCGAUGGCCAACGUUUUCACCAUCCUGCGGGAAAGAACGAGAGAAAGGGAGCGGAGUGGAUCUCCAACCACAGAUUCUGAUGAUGCUUCGCUUCAUGAGCAGCCUCAACAAAUUGCUAUUCAGGUUUCAGUUCACCCGCAGCUAGCCGAAGCAGCCUGCAGCAUGGAGGCUCCGCCCCUGCCUGAAAUGCCCUCCUCGCCUCCCCCACUGGCUCAGCUGUCUCUGGAGGUGGAGUCAGAAGAGAGAGAGCAAGUGGAGCCUGAGAAAGGAGGAGGCGCAUCAGUGACUAACCAAGUCAUCUAUGAAAGCCAUGUGUAAUAUCCUAAACACAGGAUGGUUAAGUUGCUAUGCAUUUUACAAAUAAAAAAAGAGGUCAAGUCAUUUUUUUUGUUUUUCUCUGAUUCUGAAUGGAAAAACACUCAAACCGUUAGAUUACCUGCUUUCAUCACGAAUCAACUUGACAGAACACUGAGAACCUUUUAGUUUUUUCCAUGACAAUUCAUGUUGAAUGUAUUUUCGGAGAAAUGGUCAACUUAGGAAAUCAACCACCUCAAGCACUGAUUUUAUAUUUAUGCUAACUGAAACUAGGGCUAUUGAUGGAUAUAAAGUCAGAUGCUCAAGCUUGUAUAGGCUACUAGAAACUAGGGCUACUGUUGGAUAUGGAUCUAGAUCAUCCCUUUCAUAAUCUAUUAGAUAUUGCUGUAGAUUGUCUGUUCCAUAUCUGCUGAAAGAUGAUUUAACUCGUAAGUGUUUCAGGUUUGCAGGACCAUUUGAGACUGAAGUGCAUUUACCAUUAUUGUGAGAGUGUAAGACUCAUUGUAAAGCUUAACGACUUAAUCUGUUAGAUUGGUCCCUCUUUAAAUGCAUGACAAAUGCAUGUUAUUGAGUUCUGAAGUUGGGCUUUAAAAGGGGUAGAAACAUUUUCCUAGGUGAGCUAUUGUCAGUGAGUGUUUUAUAAUCAUCAGUUUGACAGGAGUUUGAAAAAUUCUGCAACUCUCAGUUUGAGAGGAUGAAAGGUUUAUCAUUGAAUGACCACUGGAAUCCUUAUAAUAUAAUGAUCAUUAUCAUUAGUGGUUUUAUUUUGAGUAGUAUUAGAUGUGUUAGUGUUAUUUUCCUUUAAGCUCAAAUGUACAGCCUGGUAUCUGUUGCUCUUUUUUCAUUGGACUGGUCCCUAUAUUUUUAUUUUUAGGGCUUUUCAUUGUAAUAAUUUGGAUGGUUAUCCAUUAUUUAUUCCUUUUAUGUAAAGAAGAAGUGAGAUUUAUGGAGUUUCCUAAGUUGUUUGGAAAUAUGCUUGAAUUUUCAGCCUUAAAUCCUUGUUUCACUUUCUAAGCAGCCUAAGGCCCUCCAGACCCUCUUUCCAAGAAAAAAAAAAGCUUAUUGCAUGUGAAAAGAAUGAUAAUUUGUGCUUAACUGUUGGAAUUAAAGUGGGAGGGCAGGGCAUUUUGGACUUCCCCCCUCUGCUAAUUCGGUGCUCUUCAAACAGCUUUUUUGUAGUGAAAUAAAAACCUGUCUGCUGUGUCA